AUGGUUGCUUUUGGUUGUAGGCCUAAUGUGAUCACUUAUACCACUCUAAUUCAUGGUUUGUGUUGUGUGGGUGAUUGGGAGAAGUGUAAAAGUUUAUUUAUAUUGAUGAUGGAUCAAGGUGUGCGGCCUUCUAUAGUGACAUUUAGUGUGGUCAUAGAUGAACUUUGCAAAAAAGGGAAAUUGAACAAAGCAAAUAGUUUGUUGGAAUUGAUGAUUCAAAGUGGUGUGGAUCCCGACGUUUAUACUUACAGCAUUUUAAUAAGUGUUUAUUGCUUGGUAGAUAGAAUUGGUGAUGCAAGAAAGUUGUUUGAUUCUAUAACUAGAAAGGGGUAUAGACCUAAUGUUGUUUGCUACACUACUUUAAUCUAUUGGUACUGCAAAAACAGAAAUAUUUACAAAGCUCUUUAUCUUUAUCGUAACAUGAUUUCCGAAGGAAUUAGGCCUGAUGUGAUUACAUAUAGCACCUUGAUAACUGGCCUUUUCCUUAAUGGUAAUGUAAAAGAUGCACGAACAUUAGUCAAUGAGAUGCAACUUAAAGAUAAUAAGUUUGCAGUUGACUUUGAAAGUUUGAGUUCCCUCAUUGAUGGAUUGUAUAAAACAAGGAGAUUCAAAACUGCUUGGGAGCUAUUUCAGAAAUUUUUUCGUCAAGAAAACCUAGUUUUGAAAGUUGUAACAUAUACCAUUUUGAUUAAUGCGCUUUGUAAAAAUGGAAAACUAGAAAAGGCAAAUGAGUUGUUCUCACAUAUGGAGGAAAAAGUUUAUGCUCCUAAUGUAUUCACAUUCAAUACGCUUAUGUUCUGUUUCCUCAAGAAUAAUGAGGUGACAAGAGUUGUUGAACUCCUUCAUAAGAUGGCAGAGACAAAUGUUAGGCUGAAUGAAUGUACAAUGUCCUUAGUCAUGCAGUUACUAAUGAAGGACAAAAUAUCGUGA